AUGGUGCCAACCAAUCCACCUUCAACAACUUGUAUUUUAUGUCAGGCAUUUGAUGUUAAUUGUGAGAGUUGUGUGACUGGUGAGCGGAAGUGCGCGAAGUGUUCAACACCAAACAUGUAUCCAGACGACAUUUCACACAUUUGUGUAUCAUGUUCAACAACAUGUGGAGGGAGUUGUGAUGCUACAAAUGGGAUAUGCACAACAUGUCAAGAUAACUACGUCUUCCAAUCAACCAGAUCACGUGUCUGUGAAUCAUGUUCAAUAUUUGAUGCACACUGCGCUAAAUGCUCGUCUGCAUUUGACAGAAAAUGUGUGAUGUGUAACACGGGAUAUUACCCAGAUGAAAUCGGUUGCCUGGCGUGCAAAGAUCCACAGUAUGUAGCUUUAAGUGGGUUUUGUUCAAAUUGUGAAAUUGGCACUUACAAAAAGACUGAGACGGCAUGUGAAAGUUGUUAUUUUGCAACUGAGAACUGCAAUGUGUGUUCCACCCUUACUGUUGCUGUUUCCAAUUGUACUUCUUGUAUGAUCAACUAUGUAUUGAAUGGCGGGAAGUGUCAGUUGUGUCCAAGUGGGAAGUAUUACAAUCUAAAUUCAAAGAGCUGCCUAAGUAAUGAUGUGAACUGCCAAAUUCAAGUCGACAAGUCAAAAUGUCUUCUACGUAACAGCAACUACUUUUUGGCGAAUGGAAUUUGCCAACAAACAACACGAUGUCACAGUCCGUCUAACAUCACAAUGUUUUCAUGUGACUGUUAUGAUCAGAUCUCAGUCAACUCCGAUUGUCAAGACAAAAUGGUAAAUUGCAAAUAUCAGAAAGUUAAAAAGAAUAAUUUUAUUUGUAUUAAUUGCAACGACAAUUUCACUUUGAAUGGAAAUGAAUGUCAAAUUUCACAACAAAAUAUGGAAAUUAGAAAUGGUAUUAUUUACAAAUGUGGAGUUGGUGAUUAUCUCGACAUAUCUAACGAAUGUGUCAAUUGUGGUGUUUCUGUUUCGGUUUGCCAAUUAUCAAGAACUAAAGUUAUGCCAUUAAAGUGUUAUACUGAUUAUGUGUUUGACACAACUUCAAACCAAUGUGUUACAGAUGAAAAUUGCCAAACAGCAAAAUAUGGAUUUUGCACCAAAUGUGCUUCUGAUUUUAAUUACGCAUCACAAGGAAGGUGCUUACAAUGUCAAACAAACAAUUGUGGUCUUUGUGACAGUAAUAGUUGUCUAAAGUGUUUGGAUGGCUUUGUAAGAUACACCGACACUUGGUGUAUAUCAAAGAGUGAAAUAUCAACAUGCAAAACAUUUAGCUCAAGUGGGUGUGUUGUUUGCAAUGAGGGGUAUUACCAGACAGACUCAAAGAAUGUAGAGAACAAGUAUGACUACUGUAUCCCAAUAGAAUCCACAACAGUAACAAAUUGCAAGAGAUAUAAUGCAAAGAACAAUAAAUGUGUUGAGUGUCUUGAUGCCUUCAAAAUGAAAAGUGGGAUUUGUGCUGAAUCAUUUGAUGAAGACGACAAACUUAAAACAAGUAGUAAAACUGCAACAGAAACAACUUGUUUAAUUCGAAAUAACAAAGGAUGCCAACACUGCGCUGAUGGUUAUUACAACAUCAACAACGAAUGCCUUCAAUGUGAAAAUGACUGUCUAUUUUGUUACAACACAACUUAUUGCACAACAUGUAGAUCGGGAUUUUAUUUGAGUGCUGACAUGUCAUGCAAGUCACUUGGUGCGUUACAAGAGAGUUGUGACAUUGCCCUACCCGGUGGAGGUGGAUGUGCAAUCUGUAACAGCGGGUAUUAUCGAGAGGGUAUCAGCUGUACACCAUGUGAUGAGUCGUGUGCACUUUGUGUGAACAGUAAUGAAUGUCUUGCUUGCAAAGACGGCUAUUUCAACAUCCCAAGUGAAUGCAAAUUGUGUCAACCAAAUACAACACUUUCAAAUUGUGAAUUUUCAUCGUCCUCUGGCUGUGAGAGGUGUAUGUCUGGUCAUUACUUAUCGAAUUACAAGUGUUAUGAAUGUUCUUCAAAUUGUAUAUCAUGUGAUACUGAAAGUGUGUGCACCAAAUGUGAUGAGAAAGAAUAUGUUCUUGUUAAUUUUAAAUGUAUACAUUUUACAAAAGUAGAACAUUGUGUUUCAGCGCAAAAAUCAAAGUGUGUUAAAUGUGAAGGUCGACGAGAACCGACAUAUUCUGGUGACAGUUGCACAGAUUCUGUUAAUUAUGGUGUUGUCAUAGGUAUUCCAAUCACAGUUGUAGUACUAUUGAUAUUAACAAUAACUUUAUUAAUAGUUAUUCUAUUUUAUAUACUUCAGCGAUAUAGUCACAAACAACAAAUGCAGAAUGUCUGUGUUUUCGAUAUAAAAAGUUCUAAUUUGACGAUGGAGAAAAUGAAUGACGUUUUGUGUUCUAACAAAAAUGUUUUACGCUUUGAUAUUGAUAGUGAUGAAGUUAUUAAAGUAGACACCGAGACUCGUGACUUGAUAUGUAUUGGAAACACUUCAAAACACAGUUUGAAGGUUCAAUUUAGUGUAAUUGAAGGGUGCGAUUGUUACCAAAUAGGUACAUUACCUUCUAUCGUGACACUGAAACAAGGCAAAGCCUGUGAAUUUGAGUUAUUUAUAAAGCCGUUAUGUUCGUGUCAAAUUAAAGAGAAUAUUUUGGUGAUUGCUCUUGACAUUGUGACAAAAACUGUUUUGAGUAACAAAUUACAAAUCGAAGUCGACACAGAACAAUCAACUAAAUUAAAUUAUAGAGAACUCGAAGAAACGAAGCAAAUAGGCGAAGGAUCUUUUGGUAUUGUGUACAAAGGAAAUUAUAGAGGAAAUGUUGUUGCUAUUAAAAAAAUGAAACAAAGUGAUAAUAAAGAAGAAACCAUUUCUGAAUUUAGAAAUGAAGUCGACAUGUUAGACAAAUUUUGGAAUGAGUAUAUCGUACACUUCUUUGGAGCCGUUUUAAUACCAAACAAGAUUUGUAUGGUCACCGAAUUUGCACAAUAUGGAAGUUUUCAGGACUUGAUUAAUAAGAAAAAAUCCAAUGAAGUUGAAAUGCAUUUACGAAUAAAAUUCAUCUUAGAUGCUUCAAAGGGAAUUGAAUAUUUACACGAAAAUGGCAUUUUACACAGAGAUAUCAAGCCAGACAAUAUUCUUGUUAUUUCACUUGAUAUAAACGAAAAAGUGAAUGCUAAAUUGACUGAUUUUGGAAGUGCUAGAAUAUCAACAUGUUGA